AUGGCAGUCAGUUUGGCUGCGAAAACUCAAGAUUUCAUUUUGCUGGUGUUAAGCGGUGCUGGGCUUUUCUCUCUGGGCGAGGUCGGAUGGGGUUUCGUUGAUGGUUGUGGUCAAGGCUAUCUGGUUUCAGAUCCGAGAGGGGGCUCUCUGGAAGUGAUGGAUUGCUGGGAUCGAGCAGUCUCUGAAGGGGUUGUGCGUCGUCCCGGAGGCUGUGCUAGAUCGGGAUCGGGUUCAGGCCGAGGAAUUACUGUGGACACGGCUGUAUUCGGUAGCCUUUGUGGGAAGGACGAAGAUGUUGGAGCGGCGGCUCUGACGGCGAAUGUCGGCGGCGGUGCGGCUGAUGGAUUUGGGUUGAAAAGACACAUGUGGGCUCAAUGGGUUACGGAUUUGGUUUACCCUACUCAUUGGGCCUGCAUCUGGAGUGGAGGGGCUUAUUGGGCCUUGAUCUGGGAUGAUUAUUGUCGGGGCCUGGGUCUCUUCUGGAGGAAUGAAAUCCCUGUACGUCUCCGGAAUUACUCGAACAACCACAUCGAUGCAGAAGUAGGAGAGGUUGGUUCAGAAGGUGUGUUUCGUUUCACUGGCAUAUAUGGAGUGGCAACAACGGCAAAUCGGAGAACUACCUGGAAUCUACUUAGAACCCUAGCAGCACAGGUUCACCUUCCCUGGUUAAUUGCGGGGGACUUCAAUGAAAUCUUGUGCCUGGAAGACAAGUCAGGUGGCCCUGCAUGGAGUGUCCACCAAAUGAACCGAUUCCGUCAAGCUCUGGUGGAUAGUGGUUUAAUGGAUAUGGGAUUUAUGGGUUCUCGAUUUACAUGGGCCAAUCGAUUCACCAAAGAACGCCUAGACAGGGCAUGUCAGAAUUUCCAGUGGAGAGAACUGUACCCUUUCUCCCUUGUGAUCACUCUGCCUCUCAGUCGGUCGAAUCACUACCCUUUACUCAUUGAGGUUAAUCCUGAACGGCCUCCAGUGGGUCGCCCUCCUCAACUCUUUCGGUUUGAGGAAAUGUGGCUGAGUCAUGCAGAUUGUGGGAACGUUGUCAAGACAGGUUGGAUGUUGCCUACAACGGGUGAGACGAUGGCCCAAGUAGGUCGUAAGAUCAAACAAACGGGGACCUUGUUCCUCAACUGGCAUGAAGGGACUUUCCAACAACGACAGGUUGAGAUGAGGCUAGUUCAAAGCAAGUUGGAGGUGCUUAUGCAAACAGAUCACCAAAAUUCCCACUUUGAUGAGAUUAGGAACCUCCAGUUUAGACUUAAUGAAUUACUUUCGAGCAACGAAACAUAUUGGAGACAACGCUCCAAAGUUCAGUGGCUUCAGGAGGGUGAUCGGAAUACUAGUUUUUUUCAUCGACGAGCAUCGAAUCGAAGAAGCAAAAAUAGAGUCAAAGGUAUAAUGACCAAGGAUGGCCAAUGGACCUGUGAUCCUAGUGAUGUGGAAAAUACCCUUCUUAGUUAUUAUGAGAACAUUUUCCAGGCUGAGCAGUCUGAUCAGGUGGCUACGGGUUUGAUAUUGGAUAGCUUUCAACCUCGAGUCACAGAGAGCAUGAAUGCAGAACUCAUGGCUCCUUACUCGGAUGAUGAGAUAAAGCGAGCCUUGUUCCAGAUGCAUCCAUCAAAAUCUCCGGGACCGGAUGGCAUGUCUCCCUGUUUUUUUCAGCGUUUUUGGGACGUGGUGGAGUUCGACGAAUCUAAUUUCACCCAUCUUGUUUUACUUCCGAAGAUCAAAGAGCCGAAGUUUGCGUCAGAUUUGCGUCCAAUCGCUCUCUGUAAUGUGGUCUACAAAAUAGCUUCCAAAGUGCUUGCUAACAGGUUGAAAAAGCUUCUCCUGAGUAUUAUUUCUCCACUCCAAAGUGCUUUUGUCCCUGGUCGACUCAUCUCGGAUAAUACGUUAGUUGCCAGGGAGGUAGCUCAUUUUAUGAAAAAGCUUCGCUGUCAGACGGAGGGUUUCUUUUCUUUGAAGUUGGAUAUCUCAAAAGCCGAUGACAGGCUAGAGUGGUGUUAUCUGGAGGCUAUCUUAGCGAAACUCGGUUUCUGCCGAGCUUGGGUGGAUGUGAUUAUGGCUUCUAUCAAGUCAGUAAGUUACUCUAUUCUCAUUAAUGGUAACCCUACUGGAUUUAUUUUACCAACAAGGGGCAUUAGACAAGGGGAUCCUCUUUCCCCAUAUCUGUUUAUUCUCUGUGCAGAUGGUCUUUCUGCUUUGAUUUCUUCAGCUGUGCAGACUGGGGCAAUUCGGGGUCUUAAAAUGUCACCUUCAGCCCCAACCAUUCAUCAUCUACUUUUUACUGAUGACUGUUUUCUGUUUGGGGAAGCUUCUUUUCGAGAAUGUCAAGCCUUUAAGAAUAUUGUCUCAAUCUACGCUCGGGCUUCAGGUCAGAAGAUAAACCUGGAGAAAUCUAGCGUGGUUUUUAGUGGUAAUGUGGGUUUCCGUCCCCGAAAUCAUCUGGCAUCUAUUCUCGGAGUUAAAUGUGUUAAGGAACACGGUCUGUACCUAGGCCUAUCUAUUCACGUGGGGCAUGAUAAAACAUCUAUAUUUGCUUACUUGAAGGAAAGGCUUACUAAGAAGUUGAUCAGUUGGAGAUCCAAGAUUCUUAGUGCAGGGGGGAAGGAAAUUCUUCUUAAAGUUGUGGCUCAGGCUCUUCCAAAUUAUGUUAUGAAUUGUUAUUUACUCCCCAAAUCCCUCUGUGAUGAUCUACAGCAACUAUGUGCUCAGUUUUUUUGGGGAGGCACUGAUGACAAACGCAAGAUUCACUGGAGGUCGUGGGAACGCAUGUGUAUACCAAAGAAACGUGGGGGCUUAGGUUUUAAACACCUUUAUGCUCAUAAUCUUGCCAUGUUAUCAAAACAAGGGUGGAGGCUUCUGUCCAACCCUAGCUCCCUUGUGGCUCAGGUAUUCAAGGCUCUUUACUAUCCUACUGGUUCCUUUCUCACAGCUAGUUUGGGAGAUCGACCGUCCUAUUCUUGGCGUAGUAUAAUGGAAGCCAGACCAAUACUUCAAUCUGGCUUAUUUUGGCGCAUUGGUAAUGGUCUUUCAGUUAAUAUUUGGGAAGAUGAAUGGAUCCCUAAUGUGGCUGCUCACUCCAUAGUUCGACCACCAGACACUAUUUUUGAAUUUGUUUCGGAUUUGAUUGAGGUUAGUACUGGGUCAUGGGACCAAGCGGCAGUUUAUGCAUGUUUUGACGUUGAGACCACCAUACAUGUACUCUCCAUUCCCCUCAGCAGGAGGUUCGGCUCCGACAAGGUUGCUUGGAAGUAUGAUAAAAGGGGAUGGUUCUCGGUAAAGUCUGCUUAUAUGAUAGCCCGAGAGUUUUCCAUUGGACAUGUAUUUGCUGCACCUUCAAGUGGAGAUCCCUAUAUUCAACUUUGGCAGUCAUUGUGGAAGGCCAAUGUUCCAAAAAAGGUGGCUAUAUUUGGCUGGCGUGCAGCACACAAUCUUCUUCCCACUAGGAUGGCUUUGACAAGGAAGGGGUAUAUAGGUGAGAUCCAAUGUGUGGUAUGCAAUCAUGCUGCCGAGUCUAUUGACCAUCUGUUUCGCGAAUGCUCCAUUGCUAGGGAGAUAUGGCAAGCCCCUCCCUUCUCUAAUUCUCCCUCUAGCUUAUCCUGGAAAGAUUGGUUGUUGGAGAGAGCAAUCUCGUUAUCUUCAUCUCUUUUUGAUAAGCUGCUCAUUCUUUUAUGGAGUCUGUGGAGAAACCGCAAUGCCAUUCUUUGGAGGAAUCAGUCCCAGUCUAGCUCAGGUGUAGUGGCAUCAGCUUUAGCCUGGUAUGAUGAGUACCUGCAAGCUAAUUUGGUAGCUAGCCCAGUUCGUAGUCGACAGAAGAUAAAGAAGCAAUGGGAUCCUCCUGUCGGCGAUACCGUGAAACUGAAUGUAGACGGGGCCUUCUUACCGAAUGUUCCAUAUGGGGGUACAGGUGGAGUUGUUCAUAACACGCAAGGGCACUUCCUUGCUGCUUUUGCACAUAAGGUGGAGUUUGUAAGCUCUUCUUUACAUUCUGAGCUGCUGGCCCUGAAGCAUGGUUUACAGCUAUUGCAAAUUCUGGAAGUUACUAACGCUGUCAUUGAAAGCGAUUGUCAGGUCGCAGUGGUGGCUAUUCACAGUGAACUUGAGGAUUUAUCUCCACUCAGGGCCUUGGUGGUCGAAGUGCAAGGAUUAAUAGCUGCUAGUGCAGAUACUAGUAUCAGGUUUGUCUCUAGGCAGGCCAAUACAGUAGCUCAUAGGUUAGCAAGUUACGGAUUUGAGUCUAAUGUCAAUCAUGAAUGGUUUGUCAAUGCUCCAGACUUAUUACUGAAUGCCCUCAUGUACGAUUUGAAUCGUAUUCAUUAAUAUAAUUCCUUUUGUCUCAAAAAAAAAAAAUUCCCCCCUCUCUUCUUCUCCUAUAGCUCAUCCAUCGCCCAAAUCUCUCUCUACCUUCUACUCCUAACCCUCUUCUCAGAAAGCCAAUUAUCUCAAUCCCUCAGAGACCUCAAACCCAAACCCCAACCGUCCAUCCACCUCGCUCCAAUCAAUCACAGACGUCCAUGACCUCCUCCCCAAGUACGGCCUCCCAAGGGGUCUGUUACCCGACAACGUAAGAUCCUACACUCUAUCUGACGAUGGAACCUUUGAGAUCCAUCUCGAAAACCCAUGUUAUGUUCACUUUGAUCAGUUGGUGUACUACAACAAGAACAUCAAAGGGAAGCUGAGUUUCGGCUCUGUUUCCGAUGUGUCGGGGAUUCAAGCCAAGAAGCUAUUUAUUUGGGUUUCCGUGACGGGGAUGCAUAUGGAACAAGGGUCUGAUUUAGUUGAGUUUUACGUUGGGGCUCUGUCCGAGAAAUUGCCUGCUAAACAGUUCGAGGACAUUCCUGUAUGUAAGAGCAAUUAAGGCUUGUCAAGGAGGACCUAGUGUGGAGUCAAUGUGAGGCGGAAAGAACUAAAUGGAGUUGGCAUUGGAAGAAGAAUAAUGUGUGCAUAUGUUUCUAUCUGUUGCAAGAAUUUUAUGCUCGUUGCUCUCAAGUUCUCUCCACACAAGUGGCGUACAGAAGCAAAUAUAUGUGCAUAUGAAUUUC